AUGUCAUUGAAAUGUAUGCCUUUGCUAAUACUUAAUAUGGGCAGCGAAAUGAUUUUUAUUUUGCAGCAACGUUUAAAGGCUCAAAAUGUUGACAAAGAGAGGAUGACACAAGUGCUACGAGAUAUUUCACAUAUUUUAUUUAAUACAAUAUUUUUAAAAGAAUUAUUUAAGCCACAAUAUAUUUGUAGCAAACAAAUUAUGCGAAUUUUUUUUGAAAAAAUUAUUCAUUCAACCAUUAUGAGACUUGAUGAAAUGAGUAUGGAUAAAUUAUAUGCAUUGAUGACAAUGACAUACAAAUAUCAACUUCAACUUUGCAAUGGACCUGAAAAUAUUCUCUUCAUUACGCUUAAUCAUUUUGAUUGCGUCCGUCAAAUUUUACGUGAUGAUCAAAAAUUAAAUCAAUUCUUGGACGUAGCUCAUCGAAUGGUUAUUCUAACUUAUCAUAAAAUUGCACUCUGGGAGCAAGCAAUGAUUCGAAGUUGUUUGUUAAAUUUUUUUCAGGAUUUACGUGUGAAUAUAUCAUUGUUCGUACGUGAAAAUAAGCAAACGGAUGACGGACGUUUUAUUCUUUUUCCGGAAACAAAUUAUCAAUUACCCUACAAUGGUAAACCACCUGGAAUGAUCAAAUAUUUUGACAGCGACGGAAAAACUUUUUCGGAAUCGUUCAUAACCGAUGAUAAUGUCAUUUCAUAUAAGCCAUGCAUCACAAAGGGAAGCAUAGAAUUGAAUAUGAAUGAUAGAGGUACAACAUUAGGUUGCAAUAUGUAUGUGUCACCAGAAACUUUACAGGUAAAAAAUGAUGGAAUAAUAAUGAAAUCUGAGAAUCCAUUACCAGAUGAUGAGUUACAACUAUUAUCAGCACUAAUUAUCAGUCCUCAACAAAAUCAACAAAAAGGAUUUGAAUUGAGUUUAUUUACGGAUGAAAUGGAGGAACAAACAUUUCUGCAAGAAUGUAAUAAAACAAUCACAACAAUAACUCAUAUCGAUGCUCGAAAACAUCGUAAAACAAUUACUGCAGCAAUUGCUGAUGUAAAAACAUAA